CCUCGGGCCGGGGCCGCCGCGAUGGACCCUCCCGCGGGCAUCGCCUGCGUCCUGCUCUGCUGCGCGCUCGCCCUGCCCGCCGGCGCCCUGCGGCGCCCCGGGGACAGAGAUUCAAUUCUGAGGAAUAUAGAGGAGUACAGCCUUGUCAUCCCCACGAGCACCGAUUCAGAGGGCAGGUUCCUGUCCCACUUGGUGUCUGGACCACCAAAAGCACGCUUCAGGAGAGCUGUGGAGGACUUGCAACAUGAAGCAGCAAAUGAGGAGAUCUUUUACAAUGUCACUGUGUUUGGAAGAGAGUUUCACUUCAGGUUGCGGCCAAACUCCAGGCUCGUGGCCCCUGGAGCAACAGUUGAGUGGCAGGAGGACUCUGAGGAGACUCAUAUCGAACCUCUCUAUGGGAAUUGCCUCUAUGUUGGGGAUAUCACUGAUCUGCCAAAUGCUUCAGUUGCUAUCAGCAAUUGCGAUGGACUGGCUGGCAUGAUCCGCACGGACAAGGACGAGUUCUUCAUCGAACCCCUGGAGAGGGGGGCCCAGGAGGAGGAAGAGGGAGGAGGAAGAGCACACGUGGUCUAUCGCAGAGCAGCUGCCAGGAAGCAGCAUCCUAGUGACAGCGUGGAUACUGUGCACAAAGGCUCCAGCCUCACUGCCUUGGAGCAUCAGCUGGGCCUCGCGGAGGAGCAGGUGCAGAGGUGGAGGCAGCGCCGCCGGAGGCACGCCACAGAGGACGACUACAACAUCGAAGUCCUCCUGGGGGUUGAUGACUCAGUUGUUCAGUUCCAUGGGAAAGAACACGUUCAGAAGUACCUGCUGACCUUGAUGAACAUUGUUAAUGAAAUUUAUCAUGAUGAGUCCCUGGGUGCUCACAUUAAUGUUGUCUUGGUGAGGAUAAUCCUGCUGAGCUACGGCAAGUCUAUGAGUCUUAUAGAGAUUGGGAACCCCUCACAAAGUCUGGAGAACGUGUGUCGCUGGGCCUACUUGCAGCAGAAACCCGACACUGGGCACGCCGAGUACCACGACCACGCCAUCUUCCUCACCAGGCAGGAUUUUGGUCCAUCAGGCAUGCAAGGCUAUGCUCCUGUCACUGGGAUGUGCCAUCCUGUCCGCAGCUGCACUCUCAACCAUGAAGAUGGUUUUUCAUCUGCAUUUGUGGUGGCUCAUGAAACAGGACAUGUUUUAGGAAUGGAGCACGACGGCCAAGGGAACCGCUGCGGGGACGAGGUCCGGCUGGGCAGCAUCAUGGCCCCCCUGGUGCAGGCUGCCUUCCACCGCUUCCACUGGUCCCGCUGCAGCCAGCAGGAGCUGAACCGCUACCUCCAUUCCUACGAUUGUCUGCGGGAUGAUCCCUUCGAGCACGACUGGCCUUCCCUUCCACAGCUGCCAGGGAUUCACUACUCCAUGAAUGAGCAGUGCCGAUUUGACUUCGGGCUGGGAUACAUGAUGUGCACAGCUUUCCGCACAUUUGAUCCCUGCAAGCAGCUGUGGUGUAGCCACCCCGAGAACCCCUAUUUCUGCAAAACAAAGAAAGGGCCUCCGCUGGACGGGACCAUGUGCGCACCAGGGAAGCAUUGCUUUAAAGGUCACUGCAUCUGGCUCACACCAGACAUCCUGAAGCAGGAUGGACACUGGGGGGCAUGGAGCAAGUUUGGCUCUUGUUCCCGCACGUGUGGCACCGGGGUGAAGUACAGGACCCGGCAGUGUGACAACCCACAUCCUGCCAACGGAGGCCGCACGUGUGUGGGGCCGAGCUACGAGUUCCAGCUGUGCAACACCCAGGACUGUCCCAAGGACUUGGAGGAUUUCAGAGAGGAGCAGUGCCGGCAGUGGGACCCCUACUUUGAGUACCAGAACACCAAACACCACUGGCUCCCCUAUGAACAUGUUGAUGCCAAGGAGAGGUGCCACCUGUACUGUGAAUCCAAGGAGACGGGGGAUGUGGUGUACAUGAAAAGGAUGGUGCACGACGGGACCCGCUGCUCCUACAAGGAUGCUUACAGCAUCUGUGUGAGGGGGGACUGCCUCAAAGUUGGGUGUGACAGGGUCAUAGGUUCUACGAAGCAGGAAGAUAAGUGUGGUGUCUGUGGAGGAGAUAAUUCCCACUGCAAAGUGGUGAAAAGAACAUUUUCAAGAGUACCAAAAAAGCAAGGGUAUGUUAAGAUGUUUGAAAUUCCUGCUGGUGCAAGACAUUUACUUAUACAGGAAACAGAUGCCACCACUCAUCAUCUUGCUAUUAAAAAUCGUGAAACGGGGAAAUUAAUUCUAAGUGAGGACAACUAUGUGCCAGACUCCAAAGUAUUUAUUGACAUGGGUGUGGAGUGGGAAUAUCGGAAUGACGACGACAGAGAAACGGUGCAGACCAUGGGGCCGCUGCGUCACGGGAUAGUUAUCCUGGUGAUUCCUCAUGGCAGUGCCAAGAUAUCAUUGACUUACAAGUACAUGAUCCAUGAAGAUUCCUUGAAUGUAGAUAAUAAUAAUGUUUUGGAAGAGGAUUCAUUGUCAUAUGAAUGGGCUUUGAAGAAAUGGUCCCAGUGUUCAAAACCUUGUGGAGGAGGCUACCAGUUCACCAAGUAUGGCUGCCGCAGGAAGACGGACCACAAGAUGGUUCAUCGGAGCUACUGCGAGCUGAUCCAGAAACCCAAACCCAUCCGCAGGGUGUGCAACCUCCAGGAGUGCUCCCAGCCCAUAUGGGUAACAGGGGAAUGGGAGCCUUGCAGCAAAUCCUGUGGGAAGACAGGGUAUCAGGUCCGGUCUGUGCGCUGCAUCCAGCCCCUGCACGACAACACAAAUCGCUCUGUCCACACCAAGUACUGCAACAACGACCGCCCAGAGGGCAGGAGGCCCUGCAACAGGGAGCUGUGCCCAGCACAGUGGAGAAUAGGAUCCUGGUCACAGUGCUCUGUCAGCUGUGGCAAUGGCACCCAGGAUCGCCCGGUCCUGUGCCGGACCAGGGACAAUGCCAUCGGCCUGUGCAAGGAGAGCAAACCAGAGACCGUCAGGAUCUGCAGACUACCUCCGUGUCCCAGAAACGUUUCUGAUCCUUCAAAGAAAACCUACAUGAUACAAUGGCUGUCAAGACCCGAUCCAGACUACCCCAUCCAGAAAAUAUCUUCAAAAGAUCAUUGUCAAGGAGACAAGUCAAUGUUUUGUCGCAUGGAAGUUCUCUCCCGUUACUGCUCCAUUCCUGGGUACAAUAAGCUGUGUUGCAAGUCCUGCAACACCUACAGCAACGUAACAGAGGACGGCAAUGUAACCAAUGCCAAUGUAAAUAAGAAUAAUGUCAUUGAGGAGGAGCUCCUGACAACCCCCAGCCCUCCUGUGGGAGUGUCCACCACACAAUCUGCCACCAGCCCUCCUCUGCUUUCCAAAACACGUGCACCCCCUUCCAAUGCAACUGAGGAGCACCCAGAAAUCAAUGCAGUGGAUGUUCCCUACAAAGUUGAUGGGUUGGAUAACGAAGUACCACAGCACAACAUCAUUACACGGAGGAGGCCUUAUGAAAGGACAAGGAAUAAAAGAAUUCAGGAGCUGAUCGCUGAGAAAAUGAAAAAAGAGACUCUUAGGAAAAUAAACUAAAAUGGAAAUAUGGCACAAACAACAUUUUUCUCUUAUAGAGAUGUUACAAACAUCAUAGUAUUGGCCAUUGUAGAGACUAAGAAUGGGGAAAAAUCAAAGUGGUGCUAUGGCAGAGAUACCAAAUUCUC